AUGCCAAGGAGGAAACUUACUACCAGAACCAUAGAAAAAUCUACUAUGGCAGUUUCAAGCUGUAAAGAUAUCUUUUUAGACUCUUUAUUUUCAAGAGCACAACAACUUUUACUGCCAAAAUCUGCAUUUGAAAAAUGUUUGCACAAUUUAUGGAGUGAAUUUGAAGAUUUUUGUGUAGUUUAUGCAUCCUUAAGACUCGCUACACCUUUGCGUGGGCAUCAACUUAAAUUUGACAAAGUCCUGACUUCAGAACGUAACAAAACUUUGACUUCAGUAGGUAACUAUAAGGAUCGCUACACCAUCGCGUGGACAUCCUUGAGAAUCGCCACACCCUUGCGUAGGCAUUAUCUUAAGUAUGGUAAAGGCCUUACUUCAGAACGUGACUAUGAUCGCUGCACCAUGCAGCACUACUCCCAUAUUGUUUUUCAUAAUAAAAGCUAUCCGAGCGAGAAUAAAUGA